UGCACAGAAACCCAGAAACCAUGAUCGUCACACAUGGCUGUGAUGAGCUGUGAUGGGGGAGAUUGGUGGCCGAAGCGGACCACAGGAGAGAUGAACUCUACAGAAAGGCCUCCACGGUACAACUAGAUCACCAUGGAGUUGCGGCUACACAGUCCUGCCGGCGCUGAACCGGCAGUGUACCACUGGCCGCUCUCGACAUCGGACAAACACGAUGGAGCGAUUGAGAUUGUGGAAACGAUUCGGUGGGUAUGUGAAGAUUUUCCAGAGCUCAAACUGGCGAUGGAAAAUCAUGUCCUUCACGACUACGACACUAAAAGUUAUGAAAGCAUGAAGACCUUGUGUGACAAAUACAAUCGUGCUAUUGACAGUGUGCUGCAGUUGUGGAAAGGUACAUCACGACCGGUACGCCUGCACACUCAACCGUCCACUGCGUUGCUGCGGCACAUCCUGCAGCAGGUCUACAACACUGCUGUCACUGACCCCGAACGUUUGAACUCCUACGAGCCUUUCUCUCCAGAAGUAUAUGGAGAAACCUCGUUUGAGUUUGUGGCGCAGAUGAUUAGUGAGCUGGAGUUCACCUCGGAAGAUGUGUUCAUCGACCUCGGCAGUGGAGUAGGUCAGGUAGUGCUGCAAGUUGCUGCAUCAACACCAUGCAAGAUGUGUGUUGGGAUUGAGAAGUCUGAUGUCCCAUCAACAUAUGCACAGACGAUGGACAGCAACUUUCGUUUCUGGAUGCGUUGGUACGGCAAGGUGCAUGGAGAAUACAAGUUGAUCCGGGGAGACUUUCUCAACGAGGCUCACCGGGACAUGGUUAUGAGCUCGUCAAUUAUUUUUGUGAACAACUUUGCCUUUGGACCACGUGUGGACCACAUGUUGAAGGAAAAGUUUGCAGAAAUGAAGGAUGGGUCGAGGAUCGUGUCAUCGAAAGCCUUCUGUCCUCUGAACUUUCGCAUCACAGACAGGAACCUCAGUGACAUUGGUACAAUCAUGCAUGUGAAGGAGAUUCAACCGCUUAAAGGGUCUGUGUCAUGGACAGGGAAGCCAGUAUCCUACUACCUGCAUGUCAUUGACAGAGCAAAGCUUGAGCAGUAUUUUCAGCGACUCAAGAAUCCUAAGCAGAGGGAGGACGACUCGGCCAGCAAUUCGUCUCGUAGCCGCAGCGUGCGUAGUCACGCUGGUAACGGCAACCACAGUAGCGGAGGCAGCUGUAACGGGAACGGCUCGCUCAGUCACGAUUCCUCAUCUAACGAUUCUAAAGACGGGGACGACGCCCCCGUGCUGGGUCCCACAACACGCCGGGCCUGGUCUGAUUGGUGCAACAACAAGGUGCCACCGUCCAAAUCUGGUGGAGCCUCUAGUGGUGGUUGCAGCGGCCAUGAGAGCAACGAGGAAAAUGAGCCAGUGAAGCGCCGACCCAAGGCACCGAGACGCACAGCACGACGACCGAAGCAGAGGAUACCGGAUAACUUUUCGGCCCCCGACCCUCGCAGGGGUCCAGGACGACCCAAGAAGUCUCCAGUACGCCACAACAAGGGGCGCAAGCCCAUCAAACCCAUCAACGGCCUCGAUUUACUGCAUGCCCAGACUGUUCUCAGCACCUCAAGUGCGACUGCAGCCUUACAUACAGAACCUGCACCAGGCUGCGUCGACCAAAAGUUGGGUGGAUUGGCUGCUGAAGAAGGCGUGCCAUCCAUCGACAUGGCAGUGGUGAAGACUGAGCCCCGUCCCCUGGUUGAGAAUGAAGGGGCAGAGCUUCCGGCACCCCCUCCUCCGCCCCCAUUGCCCGAGCCCCCAGAACUGAAGGCCCUCCUGAACGAGUUCCGAGCGCAGUACAUGGCGCUGCUCAACCACAUGCGCACUGAACGCUACAAGGAUCAAAUCAGAGAGCAGAUUGCGCGAGAGAAGGAGCGUAAUGAACGGCUUGUGAUGAAAGCAGCCCAGCUGGAGAAGCAAAUCAAGCUGUUGAUUGAUGACAGUGUCGUUCUGCUCAAAGCACGCCUCAGCGAAUUGGAUGUUCAAGAGGCAACUCCCUCCGAUCUUCUGACAAAGGUGAUGUCUCAUCAUUGCAUGCAGGCAAAAGAAAUUGUGUUGCGCCAUCGCGAGCUUCAGGCAAAAGCGGCAACACUGGAGCGCGAGGUGAACGACCUGGAAGAGCAGCAGCAACAGUUGCUUCAGCAGCAGCAGCAACAGAACUCCAUGGAGAAGGGUCUUCACGCAGCCCUCAACGGGUUUGUCGAGGGCCUGGACCCAUCGCGGCUCACACACGAGCACAUCCUGCGCGAGAUCACGUCGACGCUUUCCCAACGUCGGAAGCUCCACUCCAAAGUUCACAAGUUGGAAGGGGAAGUGCACGCCCUGGAACGUACCCUAGUCACCACACCACCAGGCAACUCCCGGACCUGUCGUACCCCACCAGGGGGUGCACCGGAGCCGCCUUCUCUCCUACCAGCAUUCCCAACUCCUCCACGGGAUGGGUGCUGGGGUGAAAGAGGAAUGACGCCUCCGAGGCUGGCUAGCAGCCAUCAAUGCAUCUGCUGGCCUAAGGCAUCAUUGCAGGCUGAGAAAGAAACAGCAGUGGUGCCGCCAACAUUUCAGAACAACGUUCCUCCACAACUGACACCUCCGGAGGACCCCAAACCAGUCGAAGAAGAUAUCAAACCCGUGAUAAGCAACGACGCCGUACUAAUGUCCUCGCAGCAACCACCUAAGGUUGAGCCUGAAGCGGUCGCCGUACCACCGAGCACGACCUUGAGCACCACGGCCGAGUCCAACUGCUUCUCGAUGGUGUACUCGCCAAUCAGUCCAGGACGAACUCCUCCGAGGAAUGACGUAGCUGCGAUUUCUCCGGCAGCACCCAGGGAAGGAGGCCCCGCGUCGUUUCCAACAUUGGACUCUCCGUCUGUGGGUGUGGUAGCGCCGGAGCAAAGUGGAGUAAAAGAGGACCAGACAACGAGUUUGUGCCAACCGGCAGAAGAGAAGGAAGGCAAGGGUUCGCGCUCAAAGAGCUCGCCGUCCAAGUCGAAGCACAGGAAGUCGCCCAGGAAGAGGGAAGCAUCGCCUGCUGAGGCUUUGCCGUCCAAGACUGGCAAAGUGGAGUACCAAGUACCAAAAAAGAAAGGCGCUGAUAUGCCAGAGCCAAAGCCCUCCAAUGGUCUAAUCCUAAACCUGGGCAGUUUGCUGGCGUCGCGCGGCGGGGGUAGCGGCUACAGCCCCAAGCGUUCCGAGGACAGGGCGGCGCGCAAGCUACGCCGCAAGCACGGAGGAUCCCCGACUGUAACGCGCGAUGCACCUCCACCUCAGCAGCAGCCAGCGGCACCGGCAAAAGGAGACAAGACCCUCUGCAUCCGCAUGAAGUCCGACACGGGCGCCAGCGUUGAAGAGAAAUUCACUAUCCGUGCCGAGUCCCUCUCGCGGAAACCCGAAGGAAGCAGUUCAUCGCACGGACGGCACCACUGGCAGGCGCGAGUGAGUAGUGGCUUUGAGAAGCUGGUGGCACUGGCAUCUCACCAGGUGGAGCCACCUAAGGAGGAAGCACCUCCCCCAUCGUCAUCGUCAUCCACCUCCUCUUCAUCUUAUUACGACGUGCCUCCUCAGCAGAAGAAAUGGGUUGUGGACCGUGUGCAUCGUAAGGAUCGGGGAGAGAGCGGAACUCAACUGGAGAGUCUGUCGAUUAAGAUAAAAGCGGUCAACACAGGAGCACCCUCACCAGCGCGCAAACGGCACCGCAGUCCUUCCUACUCGUUGAAGAAGAGCAGCACAGGACGAUCCCCUACCCCUCGCCGUAAGGGACCUCGCACUCCCCCAGACACCCCGCCACGGACCCCAUCUGCGUCACCCGAGCGACCUGCAACGCCGCAUACACCCCUAUCACCCUUGCACGGUGACCCCCACAGCCCCAUCAGCAGCGUAGACAGCCCCUUCAGUCGAAGAAGCCCAAGUCGCUCCGUAAGCCCCGUUCCUAGCCUCAGCAGUCCAUCGGAGGAAGGAGGCAUAAUGGCCGAACGGGACGCACACUGUGCUGAGGGACCCUCCAGAACGGACAACACCAUUUAUAACAAACUGGGUCCAGGACUGAAGGAUGUCUCAACAAAAUACAAUGGCCAUCAGCAGAUGGGGAAUCGUGUGCCACUCACGACGGUCAAGACAGAAGAUGCGCCAACCAAUUAUCCGUGCCCAUCAGCUUCUUACACUUCGAAGGACGCUCACCACGCGGGCUUUGCAGCUGUUAUGCCUUCUACAUCUGCAGCAAUGAUGACGACAUCAUCGGGCAGCCUCCCUCCCCCUCCUCUACCUCCUCCAAUGCCGCCUCUUCCUCAGCUUUCCGCAGCGCCCCACCUUCCCCCGCACCCACCUCCACCCCCACCUCCAUCUCCUUCCCCUCACCACAUGCCACCGCCCCUAGUUGCAAACUGUUCCGUUCCACCUCCCAACUUCAACAUGCCGCCCCCACCGACGGCGGCCGUCCCUCCUCCGGCAUUCAACCAGCUCCUCCUGCCAGAUGUAUCGCUUCCGCCCCCUUCCUUAGCUCCUCCUCCUCCUCCUACUCCCAUUGCUCCCAGAGGCUUUGGCGUGCACCCACCAGCUCUGCAGGCUCCUCCUCCGCUCCCAGGGAUGUGCCACCCACCUCCUCAUCAUGGGAACGGAGGGUACGGCGCAGGAGCGGCUAAGGUUGCGCACCCACCUCCGGUGCUUCCCCCACAUCCACCAAUGAACUCUUACGGGAAUCCCUUUCCUAACAACAUGGAGAGUCAGCGACAUUUUGCUCAUCCUGCAAUGAACCACAAGAUGCCACAUUCUGUUCACAACCAACACUUCAUGACUUGACCCUGGCAAAGGGCAUCGCAUGCACAAGUGUAACACUGCCAGAGCUCUCGUCAAACAUGCGCCGCCCUCUUGGCUGGGCUCAAGAGCAGAGUUCAUGUCUCCUGGAAGUACUAACGUUCAAUGGCAUUUACAUUAACGCAGCAUAAAAUUUAGUUGCAGACGCAUCUCGGAACGACAUUUGCAUAAAAGCGGGGCUGUGUGUGAGACGGGAGCCCUCAUUGCUAGAUAAGUUUGUUAGAGAACGUACACUGCCAGCCUAUCCUAAAGAAGUAUGUUUGCUAGUCACAAUGCCAAGAAGCGAUUUGCUGGGUGCGAGAAUUUCAGCAGAACUGAACCCAUCAAUUGUUGUUGCCAAUUGUAUCUGAAGAAAAAAAAAAAGGGAGUCAAUUGAUGAUGCCUCCGCAAGUUUUCUUUACUUUUGUGUGGGCACAAUGCUUUACUACUGUUCAUUAUACACUUUUUGUGCAUUCUUUUAAUCAUCACUGCCACUCGGGGGAUGAGCAUCACGAAUGUGACAAGUAACAUGUAUCUUGAUUGUACAAAGCUUAGGGGAUUGUUUUUUGUUUUUUUUUUUCUUCUUCUUCUUUUCUGGUGUAGUUGUAUUGUUGAGUUGUUUGUUGAACCCCUUUACUACUUCCUCAGUGAGUUUGCACGAUAUCUCAGGUUUUUACACCAUCGCCUGCGAUGGGUACGUCUCUGCUGCUAAUUUAUUUUAAUUUAUUUAGCGGGACUGGUUGAUCAGACACUAUGGAAUAGUUAUUUAUUGAUGAGGCACUAAAAAUGGGGAAAGAAAAUGCAACAGGGCAAAGAGAUAUAACACUGCCAUUUUUGUGUGUACAUGGUUUUUUUUUUGUUUUGUUUUUUUUUUCCUUCUUAGGAAUACAUGUGAAUGGUCAGAAGAACCUUUCUGUCAAAAAAUUUCAUUUGUUGAGCUCACCAGCAGUAUUGUCGAACGUCACUGUACAUUCGCCAUUUUCACAUCCGCAUGGCGUUGCUUUUCGUAACGAAGACACUUUUUUAUAUACUGAAGACAAAGCACGUGUGUCCAUAUCCUUUAGAUGUGUUAGCGCUGUGCUGUGCUAAUUGCUUGCACUGCGGUUGUUGAUGUGCUUCUUUCUUUCUUUCUUUCUGCAAACAGCAGAUGGACCUCCAUGUGUGUUUGUUGCGUGGGAUAUAUUUAUGAAUGUGUUGCUUGUUCCAUGUAAAUUCGUGUUCUGACGGCGGCAUAAUAUCGGUCACACCAAAUUGAAAUAAUUGGUUGGUAUACUUAAGCUUAAGCACGUUAGAUUGGUCUUCAAAUGCAUUGAUUGCAUUGAUGCUGCAUAAUGAAGACACUUAUGUCCGCGUCAAGCUGCGUAUUAACAAACUUUGAAUGGAUGUGACAGGAUUGAAAUUAGACUUGGGGACCUACCAAAAGCAACGAUAAUAGUUAACUUUAUUAAUGCCGAUACCAUUACUGGAAUGGGUCCUUAUUUUACGCCCCGUCAGGACGACGAAUGACGUAGUCCUUCUCGGUUGUUUGGGCCGUGUGCUCAGCUUGUUGUGUUUGACAAAUAUCACAUCUGUACAUAACCACACGUCUCCUCAUGUGCCACAUAAGAGCACGUUUCUUUCAAAAUUUUAACGUUUGUUGACAAGAGUGUGAUGUUGUAGAAAGAUUUAGACAAAUAGGAAAAGGAUGUAUUACUCUUUGUGAGAAGCGGGUUUUAUAAUGGGAACAAUGUCAAUUAUGGGUUGCACAAAGGGCAUUUUGUUAUUGGGCAUAACUAGAAAGGUUUUACAAAGUCCUUUUCUGUAAUAAUCACCCUUUCGAGUUGUUUGUGGUGUGAUGCCCUCCUUUGAUAGACCAUUUCUAACCACUUCUUUUUUUUUUCUAGCACUUUUUAGCAGAAAUUUAGCCGAAGUAAAAGACUUUUUUUCUUUCUUUCAUCCUAGGUGUAAUGCUCGGUAUCGUGGAGUAGAAAUUUUUGAGCCCGAAAAGUGGUGUCUUUUACUUUAUGCGGGAAAAUGACAAGUGUGCAUUUGUAAGGUAUGCACUUUACUUCGUUACAUGGUACUUCAUUACAUUGACAUCUCCAAAUCCUCAAUUAUUUCCAGGUGUAGCUCUGAAAUAAUUAAACUAUUUUUAAUGAACACCAUA